AUGGGAGGGGCAGGCAUUCUGUUGUUGCUGUUGGCCGGAGCUGGGGCAGGAGUGGCCUGGAGUCCCCCCAAAGGAAAGUGUCCUCCACGCUGUUCCUGUUCCAAGGAAAGUACUCUGUGUGAGGGCUCCACCGAGCUGCCCGAGAGCUUCUCCACCACGCUCCUGUCACUAUCCCUUGUCAGGAUGGGGGUCUCCCAGCUGAAGGCUGGCAGCUUCAUGAAGAUGCCAUCAUUGCACCUCCUGCUUUUCACAUCUAAUACCUUCUCUGUGAUCGAGGACGAUGCCUUCAUCGGCCUUUCCUACCUUCAGUACCUCUUCAUUGAGGACAACAAGAUUGGCUCCAUUUCCAAGAAUGCCCUGAGAGGACUCCGCUCGCUCACACACCUAAGCCUGGCCAACAAUCACCUCGAGGCUCUCCCCAGAUUCCUGUUCCGAGGCCUGGAGACUCUGACUCACGUGGACCUCCGUGGGAACCCAUUUCAGUGUGACUGCCGAGUACUUUGGCUGCUGCAGUGGGUGCCUACGGUGAAUGCCAGCGUGGGCCUGGGGGCCUGUGCAGGCCCAUCUGCCCUUGCCCAAAUGCAGCUCAACCACCUUGACCCGAAGAAGUUCAAGUGCAGAGCCACAGAACUGUCCUGGCUCCAGACUGUUGGGGAGUCGGCACUGAGCGUGGAGUCCUUCUCCUAUCAGGGGGAACCUCACAUGAUCCUGGCACAGCCCUUUGCUGGCCGCUGCCUGAUCCUGGUCUGGGACUACAGCGUGCACCGCUUCCGGACAGAGGAAGAGUUGUCUGCGCCCUCCGUGGUGUCCUGCAAACCUCUGGUGCUAGGCCCACGCCUCUUCAUACUGGCUGCCCGUUUGUGGGGAGGCUCAUAUCUGUGGUCUCGGCCCAGCGCCGACCUGCAUCUGGCCCCAAUACAGGUCCUAGCCCCUCAACGCCUACUGCGACCCAACGAUGCCGAACUCCUGUGGUUGGAUGGGCAGCCCUGCUUCGUGGUGGCUGAUGCCUCCAAAGCUGGUAGCACCACCCUGCUGUGCCGAGACGGGUCCGGCUUCUACCCACGCCAGAGCCUACACGCCUGGCACCGCGACACCGAUGCUGAGGUCCUGGAGCUGGAUGGCCGACCGCAUCUGCUGCUUGCUUCGGCCUCGCAGAGGCCAGUGCUCUUCCAUUGGUUUGGUGGCCGCUUCGAAAGGCGCACAGACAUCCCAGAGGCCGAAGAUGUCUAUGCCACGAAACAUUUUCAGGCCGGUGGAGAUGUGUUCCUGUGCCUGACGCGAUACAUUGGGGACUCCAUGGUCAUGCGCUGGGAUGGCUCCAUGUUCCGCCUGGUACAGCAGCUUCCAUCUCGAGGUUCCCAUGUCUUCCAGCCAAUUCUAAUCGCCAGAGACCAGUUGGCCAUCCUGGGCAGCGACUUCGCCUUCAGCCAGGUCUUCCGACUUGAGCCUGAUAAAGGGAUCUUGGAGCCGCUACAGGAGCUGGGACCUCCAGCCUUGGUGGCCCCCCGAGCCUUUGCCCAAGUCACCGUGGCGGGAAGACGCUUUCUAUUCGCAGCGUGCUUCAAGGGACCCACACAGAUCUACCAGCACCAUGAGUUGGAUCUCAGUGCCUGA